AUGGAUUCACCACAGCAGGAAAAUCUUGACUCCAUUGAAGAACUACACAUUCCUGGUCAACCUAACAAAGCACAGGAUUCUGUUGAAGGACUUGCAGACAGAUCUACAGCCGGUUGGGCAGUAGUCUCGGAGUUGGAAGGGGAUGAGUUGGCUUCAAACUCGGAUGAAGAGAGACGUUUCGAGAGAGCAGAAACGAAUUACCCAAACAGGCCCCUCAGGUUCAGCAGAACCAGCCCUUUCGUUUUCAACCCAGGAAAACACCACUUCCAAACCAACAAUGCUACUUUUGCGGAGCCUUUGGGCACUGGAGAGCCACAUGUCCCCUUGCAGCCGCCCAGAGGUCAUCACAGUCAAGUAAUUUCAACCCACCACAAGGACUUCAGCCUACAGAGGCCUGCAAAAAGCAGUGAUUAUUCAGGGGAUCAGAACUCAAGCAGAAGUAUUAAAAGAAAAACUAACAUGGAUUUGCCACAGGUCUCCCGUUCAAUAUCAGAACAGCCUAGUAGUAGGUCACAGCUUGAUGUUUCACCCAUAGACAAAGUCAAACCUGAAACCAGAGACAUGUUCUCCUCCGGUAUCUGGAAGCUGAAGAACAAUUUAGUUCAUACAGACCUUAUUGAUCUAGCAGGACAUAUGCCAGAUUUAGUUCUCAAGUCUAAGGCCCCAGCGACAGUCUAUAAGUAUGAAAGAUCUUAUAAUAGUUGGAAAAAAUGGAGUUCAAAAUUUAAGGAGAUUACAUGUUUGCCUGCUCAUCCAUUUCAUGUUGCUUUGUAUCUUACAUCACUUGUUCAGGGAGGUAAGAAAGCUCCAUCUGUCAUGGAAGCUAUUUACGGUAUUAGUUGGGCGCACAAGCUUGCAUGUCUGCCAGAUCCUUGUAAACAUGAUUUGAUUGUGAACAUCAGAGAAGCGGCAUUAAGAACGUGUAGUACUCCAGUCAAGAAAAAAGAACCUGUUACUUGUGACACGUUAAAGAAAUUGGUUAGUAUAUCUGGGAAAACUCCCUCUCUACUUGAUUUAAGGUUUUUAACAAUGUCACUUUUAUCUUUUGCUGGGUUUUUCAGAUUUUCUGAAGUAGUGAAUAUCAGACGGUCAAACAUUAAAUUCAAGGAUGGCUUCAUGAGUAUUUUUGUUGAGAACAGUAAAACUGACGUUUAUAGGGAUGGGCGUCAUGUUUUGAUCGCUGCUACAGGCUCAGAUCUAUGUCCAGUAAAUAUGCUAAACAGGUACCUGAUUGCUGGAAAUGUUGCUGAAACUUCCAAUGAAUAUAUUUUUCGUCAACUUUCCUUCUGUAAAUCUGUACAAAAGUAUGUACUUAAAGGUCAGAAACCUUUAUCAUAUACCAGAGCGAGGGAAAUCUUUAUUGAGAAAUUCAAACUAAUUGGUGAAGAUGUAAAAAAAGUGGGUCUUCACAGUUUUCGGUCAGGAGGGGCGACUGCUGCAGCUAACGCCGGAGUAACAGACAGACUGUUCAAGAGACACGGACGCUGGGCGUCAGAUAAGGCCAAAGACGGUUAUAUCAAAGACAAUGUUUCUGAACUGUUGAGUGUGUCAUCAAUGUUGGGAUUGUAAAUAAGUCGAAAUAAAUCUGCUGCAUGGACCCGUUCUUUUAAUUCGAGCAGCGGUAGGCAUUACCCAUGAGUGGAGUAUGUUGUCAUAGUAAAUGUUUUAUGUUCGGUUGAACAUAGUGAAUUAGAACAUAAAUGUAUUUACUAUGGGGUAAAUACGGUAACGAAUGUGAUUGGAAGAAGGCUGUGCACGUGAAAGCGGUGGCGUCACGUGCUUAAGGUGCAGAGGAGAGGGCAAGAAACACCACUCGAGGCCUUCGCGUCACACAGGCGAGCUGUUGUCUUCUUUGUUUGUUAAAAAUAUACACAUAAAGGUAAUCAGAUUUUUAGUGUAAUGCUUGUCUGUGUUGGACGGCCUGUUAUUGCAGUGUUGCCGAAUGGCAGGUAAAACCGUAUGGGAAAAAUUGCCGCAGGGCAUUGAGUGCUGUUUAGCACGGAGAAGGGUGUUGCUUUCUUUCAGUGAGUGAUCCCACAGAGAGGUGAUUCAGGAGUCCGGACAUGGAUUUGUAUACACAAGAAGACCCACCGUCCAGAUAAGUUAUCUUUAUAUUUUCAAAAAGUUAAUUUCGCAGUAAUUUAUAAAGUGUUCAAGCGCGAUAUUACAAGGAUAUUGCAGUAUUUCGUAACGGUUUUAUGUGCCAAAAAUAUUAAAAUGUACGUUUUUGUUACAGAAAGAAUACCUUAGAGAAUAUGGAGUGUCGGUGUUUGGAAUGGAAUAUAACACGACAGUCGCGUGUCUACAUGUAUGAUUUUGUAAAUAAACCCGCUCGCCUGUUAACAGCGGUAGGCAUUACCCAUGAGUGGAGUAUGUUGUCAUAGUAAAUGUUUUAUGUUCGGUUGAACAUAGUGAAUUAGAACAUAACUAUCAAUCCAUUUUCAGCAUCAGCCGGGUCUGGAUUUCUUUCCAACGCAAACUUAACUGGGUGCAACUUUUAUUUCAAGCGAAUGAUCUUGUCGUAGCCGCCAUUUUCCGCCGUUUGUAAAACCAAGGGAUGUCACUCCAAAUGGAAUGCUUGGGACGAAUGAUGUUAGGGCAUCCUAGAAUUUGCUCACGUGCGGCACUGGCUUCAUCAGCUGAUGAACGUCAACAAAUACAAUUUUAAUCCUUAAUUUAUUGCUGGUGCAUUCGUAAAACACUCCAAGGAUGUGCUUGAACAUAUUGCAAUCCUAAAAAAGUGUCAAACUUGUGAGAGCUACAUAUCAUCUGGGUUUUCUUCCCACAUUAAGCUGACAUUCCGUGAUAUAACUGGAAUACUGUUCAAAGCAGCGUUUAGCCAAACUCAAUCUCCAUCUGACACUGCCAUGGUGAUAGUAAAUUGAUCAAGUAUCUUUGCAGUUAUGUGUUUGAAUGUUGGGGUUAACAAAUAGUGUUAGCUACAGACUGAUGUAUUUUAAGAUUCUUGUGAACUAUCCAUUUCAUGUUUAUUGUAUUAUGACAUAGUAAUGUUUUAUUUCAACCUGCUCAUCAAAUAGCUCAUGGCUUCGAUUAUGUUUUAAACUCUUUCUAUUUAGAUAAUCACUCACGAGUAUAAUGCGUUAUGUUUCAUGAAUGAAUGCAUUUGACACUUAAUUCUAUAAAAUGGACUACAAUCAACAAAAUAUGCAUAGACACCGAAAAAUAUAUUCUGUGAGGAGAAUAAAUUGUUUGACUUUUUUCCAGAGACAAUGUCUGGAAGUAAACAGACAAACAUAUUCCAAGACUUAAUUGGGUUUGCUUUUGCUUGUGUUAAUCAUUAGACGUGUCAGCACAUACAAUGUCAUGGCAAGAGGCAUCUCCAUCAGAGGCGUCUGCCGCAGAGAAACCUACGGAUCUGGUUACGAUUAUUGUCCCUAUCAUCAUCAUCCUCAUCAUCUGCCCAGUCACAGUCGCAGUGGUGGCAUUCAUACUAAGAAAACGGAAAAAGAGAAGAAAAAACGGC